CAGUAUAUACUGUGACAUCAUAUACGCAGUCACAAAAAUGGCGUUCACGGGUAAAGAUGCUGCACCUCUGUGGCACAAUGGGCCGACUCCUGGUGCAUUUUAUCACUUUCCAGGCAAUCAAUAUAGAACCGGUGGAUUCCAGAAGUCACAGACUCCAAUAACAACUGGCACAUCUGUUAUUGGCGUACAAUUCAAAGACGGAGUCAUUAUAGCGGCCGACGUUCUGGGAUCUUAUGGAUCCCUUGCUCGUUACAGGAAUCUAGAACGUAUUAUGAAAGUUAAUGAUAACAUCAUUCUUGGUGCAUCUGGAGAUUAUGCAGAUUUUCAGUGUAUCAAGAGCUACAUGGAAAGAAAAAUUUUGGAGGAACAAUGCUUAGAUGAUGGAUUUAGUUUAAAGCCAAAGGCACUUCAUUGUUGGCUAACACGUGUCAUGUACAAUAGACGAUCAAAUUUUGAUCCAUUUUGGAACAAUUUUGUGAUUGCUGGUUUAGAAAAUGGAGAACCAUUUUUGGGAACGGUAGAUAAACUCGGGACAGCUUAUAAUGAUCCUGUCAUUGCAACAGGAUAUGGUGCUUAUAUGGCAACACCUAUAUUGAGAAAGGCUUAUGAAGAUAACAACCAAAUGAGCAAGGAGGAAGCUAUUCAACUUCUGUACAAAGUAAUGCAAGUCCUCUUUUACAGAGAUGCAAGAUCUUUUCCAAAGUAUCAUCUUGGCAUUGUCACGAAAGAAGGAGUUGAAAUACAAGGACCGCUAAUUUUAGACAGUUACUGGGGUCCUGCAAUUUUAUAAAAAUUAUGUUUUCUUAUUCCUUUAAAAUAAAUUAUAAUAAAAAAAAUAUAGCAUAUAUCUGUUUCUCUUUUUAUUAAAUAAAUUGAAAAAAGAUAUUCAUAAAUUAUAUGUCUAUAAUUUGCAUUACUUGUACAAAAAUACAAGAAAAUAUUCUGAUAAUAACCAUAUCAAUAAUCUCCAUGUAUUACGAAUUAUAUUACGAAUUUAUGUAAUUUUUAUUUUUACGAGAAUGGAAUAACGCAAAAACAUAUGUGUACAUUAAUAAUAUAUAUAAAUAUUGUUUACAAAUAGCAUGAUUGAUAGAACUAAUUACAGAAUAACAAUAAUGA